AUGGCAAACAAGACUGUGACGACGGCAAUAUCAAUCCUGCUCCGAUGGCAUGAAACCUCCGGGGUACUAUUCAUCUUAGUUCCAGCCCUCGAGCUGAAUCUGGCACAGCUUGGCAAAGAAACGGAUGGACACAACGAAACUGAGGAGCCUACCGAGACGGAAAAAUCUGGCCUCGAGACUUUCGGAUCGCCUCUUAUCACACUGCUUGUCGGUCCUCAGGAGAUGGUUCUCACAGCCCACAAAGCCAUCUUGACACAAUGCGAAUACUUCUCCAAAUGUCUGGAUGGGAAGCGCUUUCAGGAGGGCGUCGACUCCUGCAUCAAGUUUCCAGAAGACGAUCCGAAAGAAGUCCUGUGGAUCAUUCAAUAUCUUUACACCGGGAAGAUAUUCGACGAUAUUGCAGUCUUUCACAACGGCUGCGCCAAUCUUAGUGACUACGACCCGCCUCUUUCGGCUCUGAUUAGCCGCUAUGCCACAGCCGACAAGUAUUGCCUUACAAACAUGUGCAAGGUAAUCCAAGGCACUUUCGUGUUGCAGAAAGACGCUGGGGAGAUUGCUUGGGCCCAUUUAGAGCAGCUCAUAGCAGCGGGUCUCCGCGGCUCAGGCUUGUGCGAGCUGAUCCUGGACAAACUCAUAGAAGGAUUGAGGGCACGCAAGUCCCCGAUCGAUCUACUCUGUCUGUUGAAUGACGGACUCAGAUCUGAACCAGAGAUCGCAAUGGAGAUCAUGGAAGGAUUGGCUGCUACCAUCCAUGCGGAGAAUCGACCUCCCGUGAUGUGGGAAAAUGAGAGCUGGGAUUGA